AUGUACAGUAAUAACGACGUAAUGGCUAAAUUUAUGCAAGCAUUGGAUCAAUUGGAACGAAAAUUUUAUAAGGUUACAUUUACCAAACUAUCGCAAAUAAGCCCAGUGAAUCGAAGGGAAAAUGGGAUAAGUUUUGUGCAAUCGGGAUUAUUUUUACAGUUAACUUUAAUGGCUCUUUCUUCCGAAGUCGACAAUAGCACAAGGCAAGAAAUCGAAGAUUGUAUUGGACUUCAACUUUCUGACACGGAAACAGUUUCGUCUUUACCAAAAUCAAGCGACGCCCUCAAGUUUCGCUUCUCGACGAGGCUGACGUUAGAUGUUAAACCAAACUUACAGCCGCAGUUCGAGCACGGAUUAGCAAACGCUCUUCAGCUACAUCUCAACCGUAUCAAUAGAACUGACACAGCGAAAUCAUUGCAACGGAUCCUUAAUAAAAUGAUUCUAGAGGAUUCUGGAGGUGCAAUGCAUGAAACUUUUGAAGAGGACGAAUUAUCUAAAGGCAUUUGUUCAGUACUUCUGACAACUAUGUACAUUCGACCCCGUUGGCGUUCGGCCCCCACUGUUCUCAAUGGCACACACGUCUUCCAUGACACCGAGGACGCCCCUCAUCGAUCCGCGCGAAUGAUCAGAAUUAAUGAUAUGAUGCAAUACACCGAAUUAAAUGAAUGGGAUGCAGAGGCUAUAGAAAUCAAUUACGCGACGCCCGGUUUAUCUCUUCUAAUACUAGUACCUCGUGGGCGAUCUCUACGAAAGUUAGCUGCUCACCUAGCUGAAACAAGUAUUCAUCACGUGCUUGAGCGAAUGUAUACACUUCGAGUAGCUGUCACUUUACCUCUUUAUACUCUUCGCAUGACCCUUUUGUUACCGAGCAAAUUGCAAUCAAUGGGCAUAUCUCGUCUCGUGGACCUUGGCAAUGGAGAGUGUGAAGAGCUACGACUAUCGCACGCGGUUCAACGUUUGAUGUUUUGGGCCGAAGCUGGUCGUAAUGCGUUCAAAGACGAUGGUAUGGAAUGGGAUGAGACUCCUGAAUUAGAGUUAGUAGUUAACCGCCCGUAUAUAUUCUAUGUUCGUUGGCGCAAUAUCACUGUCAUGAAUGGAAAUUUUGUGUUAUAA